AUGGACUUGUGCUCCUUCUGCUGUACGGACGAAGCGGACGUGGGGGUCGCCCCUUAUGACCGCAUCGCCGCACACAUUGGCCUCUCUGAUGAUGAUUUGCUUGACUUCGAGAGCGACAACGAAGAUGCACCAAGUUUAGUUAACGCAGCAGCAGCAGCAGGAAAGCCUGCAGCAGCAGGAAGCGAAUCACCAAAGAGAAGAAAUCAUAAACCACCAAAGUUUAAGAAUAGAGUUUCCUCUGAGGUGUACAGACUGGAGGAAUCGGUACGGAGAUCAAGAGAGCAGCAGCAGCUGCAGCAGCAGCUGCUGCAGCAGAAUCGUGGCUCCCUCUCUCGUAGCUUUGGCAGCAGCAGCAGCAAAGGAUCCCGCAGCAGCGGAUCCCUUCAUCGAUCCCCUAUAGAUACAGAUAGAUAUUCUGCUGCACCUGCUGCACCUGCUGCAGCAACUGCAGCAAAUGCAGCAGCAAUCAGCAGCAGGACAACCUCUCAGGAGCCGCUGCUGCGGCGCGGCUCCUCUCGUCGUCGUCUUCCUGCUACUAACGAAGAAAAGGAAGAAAAAAAAAAUACAAAUAAAGGAGGAAAAGAAGAAAUAAGACAACAAAACAGCAAAACAAAUAUACAAGAUAAAAAUACACAAAGAAGAUAUUCAGGUGUACGCAGACUUAGCGAUAUGACUGCAGCAGAAAAGGCAAUGGAGAAGGAGAGGCUGCAGACAUUAGUCAAAGAAUUCGCCAAAGAAGCGGUGGCGGGAUUCGAUGUUACUCUACUUGACCUCACUAGAGAUAGACGGGCUGCAGCAACGUUUUCGAUGGACAGACAUCUACUCAAAAUAAGCCUAAUAUCUAGGGAGGAAGAAGAAAUACGUUCUUCUUCUUUUGGUGUAUUAAGUCUUACUGGUGCAUAUAAAGGAGAAGAAUAUUAUAAAGAAGAACAUUUCUAUUCUUCUUCUUCUUCCUCUUCUUAUGAUCUUACAUCUACUGUUGGUUAG